AUGCGUCCGGGCCCGCCGACGGGAGGCCCGCCCCCGCCGCAGAUGAUGCGCCCGGGCCCGCCGGGACCGCCGCCGACGCAGCCGCCGCCGGGACCGAGCCGACCGCCCGCGGGCGCGCCGCCGCCGCCGCGAGGACCGCCGUCGAUGAUCCCGGGGCCGCCGCCGCCGCAGACGUUCGCGCCGCCGACGGCGCAGAUGGGCUCCAUGGGCCUCGGCGGGCCGCCACCGCCGCCGACGCAAACGCAGCAGAUGCCGCCGCCGCCGCCGACGCAAACGCAGCAGACGAUGCCGCCGCCGCCGACCAUGGGCGGGCCGCCGCCGCCGAUGCAGAUGCAGCAGACGAUGCCGCCGCCGCUGCCGAUGGCGGGCGUCCCCGGCGCGUUCGGAGGCGGCGGAGGCCCGAUGGGCACGCCCCCGGGAGGGUCCUACCCCGGCGCGCAAUUCUCACCCGCGCCGUUUCAAGGCCAGUUCGCGCAGCAGAGCGUCGUCGAGGACUUCGGGUCGCUCGUCCUCGGCGGCGGCGGCGGGCCGGGGCAAGAGCAAGGCGCGGACCCGGCGACGUUCCCGAGGCCCGGCGACGACGUCCCGAACGCGAACGCGCAUCUGUCGUGCGAUCCGAGGUACCUGCGCCUCACGUGCGGCGCGCUGCCGGGCACGGCGUCCGUCAAGCAGCGGUUCACGCUCCCCGUCGCGUGCGUCGUUCGACCGAUGAUCCCGGGCGAGAACGUCCCGAUCGCGCACUUCGGGAGCGGCGGGAUCGUGCGCUGCCGGCGAUGCAGGACGUACAUCAACCCGUUCGUGCAGUUCAUCGACGGCGGGCGACGGUUUCGAUGCAACGUGUGCUCGCUCCCGAACGAGGUUCCGGUGGAUUACUUUUGCACGCUCGACGCGGACGGGCAACGGCGGGACGUGAACGAGCGCCCGGAGCUCAGGCACGGGACCGUGGAGUUCCUCGCGUCGCAGGAGUACAUGGUCCGCCCGCCGAUGCCGCCGACGUACUUUUUCGCGAUCGACGUCAGCGCGAACGCGGUCGCGAGCGGGUUUCUCGCGACGACGACGAACGCGAUCAAGGCGUCGCUCGACGCGUUACCCGGAGGCGAGAGGACGCACAUCGGAUUCCUGACGUACGACAGCACGCUGCACUUCUACGCGCUGAAGCCCGGGAGCUCGCAGCCGCAGAUGAUGGUCGUCGCGGAGCUGGACGACCCGUUCGUCCCCGCGCCGGACGACCUGCUCGUGAACUUGAGCGAGAGCAGAGAAGCCGUGGAGGCGCUUCUCGACAUGCUUCCGGGGGCGUUUAAAGACACGUCGCGGGUCGAGUCCGCGAUGGGCCCGGCCGUGCAGGCGGCGUACAUGGCGAUGAGCCACAUCGGGGGUAAGCUCAUGGUGUUUCAGUGCACGCUGCCGUCGUUAGGGAGCGGUCGGUUGCUGAACCGCGGGGACGAUCAUCGAAACGCGGGGACGGACAAGGAGGCGGCGAAUCGCGCGCCCGCGGAUCCGUUUUACAAAAAGAUGGCCGCGGAGUGCUCGCGGCAGCAGAUUUGCGUCGACGUCUUCGCGUCCGCGUCGCCGUACGCGGACCUCGCGUCGCUGAGCACGCUCCCUAGGUACACCGGCGGGGAGCUGUACUACUACGGCGGCUUCCGCGUGGAACGAGACGGCCCGAAGCUGACGCGCGAGCUCACCCAUAACCUCACGCGAUUCACCGCGUGGGAAGCUGUCUGCCGCGUGCGCUGCAGCAAAGGCUUCCGCGUGUCUUCGUUCAACGGCCACUUCUUCAUACGAAGCAUGGACCUCCUCGCGCUCCCGGCGACGAACGCGGACACCGCGUACGCGGUGCAGCUCGCGCACGACGAGGUGAUGCCGACGACGAACCACGCGUUCAUUCAGUGCGCGUUGUUAUACACCAACGCGGACGGCGAGAGGCGGAUCAGAGUGCACACGAUGGUCGCGCCCGUGGUGCAGGACGUCGCGGAGAUGUAUCGCGCGAUCGACGGCGGCGCGAUGAGCGCGUUCUUAACGCGGCUCGGCGUCGAGCGCGCGCUCACGGCGCGGCUGCAGGACGCGCGCGAGGCGGUGCAGUUGAAGCUGUCGACGAGCUUGAAGGAGUUCCGGAUGAUGAACACGUCCGCGGCGAGAGCGUUCAACCGCCUCAUCUUCCCCGAGUGCGCGCGGCUCGUGCCGCUGUUCACGCUGUGCGCGUCGAAGACGCCCGCGUUGCGCGGGCACGCGCGCGACGUCCCGGUGGAUCAGCGCAUCUUGAGCGCGUUCGAGAUCAUGUCUGCGCCGACGGAGGCGAUCCUGCGGCGUCUCUACCCGGCGAUGUACGCGUUGCACGCGAUGCCGCCGGAGAGCGGCGUGGAGAAGGACGGCGUCGUCCAGAUGCCGCCGCGGACCGCGCUCGCGGGCGAACGGAUCGACGCGCGCGGGGCGUACCUCGUCGACGACGGGUACGUGUGCUUGCUGUGGCUCGGGAAGAUGCUCGACCCCGCGUUUGCCGCGGACGUCUUCGGGCCCGCGGGGCCGCCGCCGCCGGAGGCGGAUUUCACGCCGCCGACGAUCGAGGGCAGCGCGAUCAACGCGCGGGUUCGCGCGGUCAUGGCCGAGGUUCGGAGGCGCGCGGCGAACGGGUGCGGUCACUGCACGGUCACGGUCAUCGCGCAAGGGCAGCCGAGCGAGGCGCUGCUGUUUCCCGCGCUGGUGGAAGAUCGCGGCGCGGGGGGCGCGGGCGCGAUGUCGUACGCGGAUUUCCUCGUGCAGCUGCACCGGACGGUGGCCGCCGCGGGGGGGGCGCGGUGACGAGGGCGAGGGAUAGGACUACCGGGGUGUGAUAUGAAACUACAUACACG